GCCGGGCGGCCGGGUCGCUGCUGUCGCUGCAGCCGAGAGGGGAGCGGGCGGCCGCGCCGUCGGGGCCGCGGCCGGAGCGCUGCAUGGGGCGGCGGCGCUGAGCCCAGCCUCCGCGCUCCCGCACCCACCCCGCCAUGGCCGAGGCGCCGCAGCUAGUGGACAUCGACCCCGACUUCGAGCCGCUGCCGCGGCCCCGGUCGUGCACCUGGCCCCUGCCGCGCCCGGAGUUCAACCCCCCCAGCUCGGCCACCUCCAGCCCGGCGCCGUCCUGCGGGGGGCAGCCCGAGGGGGCGGCCGGCGCCGCCGCUUCGGGAGGGCUCGGCGCCGACUUCAUCAGCAACCUCAGCCUCCUCGAGGAGAGCGAGGACUUCGCGGCGCUGCCCCCCGCCGCCCCCGAGCCGCCCGCCUGCCGCUGCGGGGACUUCGCGGCGCCCGAGCCCGGCUGCCGCCUGCACCCGCCGGGGCCGCCAGUGCCGCCGCCCGUGGCCGGGCUGUCGCCGGGGCCCGCGGCCGGGCAGCCCCGCAAGAGCAGCUCGUCCCGCCGCAACGCUUGGGGCAACCUGUCCUACGCCGACCUCAUCACCAAAGCCAUCGAGAGUUCCCCCGAGAAGCGGCUCACCCUCUCCCAGAUCUACGAGUGGAUGGUCAAGAGCGUCCCCUACUUCAAGGAUAAAGGCGACAGCAACAGCUCUGCCGGAUGGAAGAAUUCAAUCCGUCACAACCUGUCUCUGCACAGCAAGUUCAUCAGAGUGCAGAAUGAGGGAACAGGGAAGAGUUCCUGGUGGAUGCUCAAUCCUGAAGGAGGAAAGAGUGGCAAAUCUCCUAGGAGGCGAGCAGCAUCCAUGGAUAACAACAGCAAGUUUGCCAAAAGCAGAGGCAGAGCUGCCAAGAAAAAAGCAUCCCUUCAGUCUGGUCAAGAGGGAAAUGGUGACAGCCCUGGGUCACAGUUCUCAAAGUGGCCUGCAAGCCCCAGCUCUCACAGUAAUGAUGACUUUGAUAACUGGAGUACUUUUCGACCUAGAACUAGCUCUAAUGCUAGUACAAUAAGUGGAAGACUUUCUCCUAUUUUGACAGAGCAAGAUGAUCUUGGAGAUGGGGAUGUGCACUCCAUGGUAUACCCAUCAUCAGCCACCAAAAUGACUUCUACUUUACCCAGCCUUUCAGAGAUGAGCAAUUCUGAGAACAUGGAAAAUCUUUUGGAUAACCUUAAUCUCUUGUCACCUAAUGCGUCAAUGACUGUGUCAACUCAGUCUUCAUCAGCUACCCUGAUGCAGCAAACACCAGGUUACUCGUUUGCAUCCUCGACCACAAGUAUAGGUUCACCAAAUCCAGACUACAGAAAAUUUACAUAUGCUCAAGCUAGCAUGAACUCUUUGCCCCAGAUUCCUAUGCAGACUCUUCAAGACAGUAAAUCAAGCUAUGGAUCGAUGAGCCAAUAUAACUGUCCUGCAGGACUUCUGAAGGAGUUACUGACUUCCGAUUCUCCACCGCACAAUGAUAUCUUGGCAUCAGUAGACACUGGUGUUUCCCAGGCUGGUGGCAGGGCACUGGGCCAAAGUGUGCUGAUGGUCACUAACUCAGUGAUGCCAGCUUAUGGCAGUCAACCACCCCACAACAAAAUGAUGAACCCCAACGCUCGUUCUCACCAAGGACAUAACCAGCCAACACCUGCAGUUAAUGGUCGUGCCUUGUCACACACAGUGAACGCCAUGUCACAUACUUCAGGUCUAAAUCGUUUGUCAACAGUGAAGACUUCAUUACAAGUGCCUAUGAGUCACCCAAUGCAGAUGAAUGCUAUGAAUCCGUAUGCCCCUGUUAACAGUUGCAAUGGCUAUGGAAGGGUGGGAAUUGUUUCCCUGCACCAGGAGAAGCUUCCCAGUGACUUAGAUGACAUGUUAAUUGAACGGUUGGACUGUGACAUGGAGUCGAUUAUCCGUAAUGACCUUAUGGAUGGAGAAACGUUAGAUUUUAACUUUGACAGUGUAUUACCUAACCAAAGUUUUCAGCACAGCGUAAAGACAACCACACAUAGUUGGGUGUCAGGCUAGGAUGUAGUAGGAGGCUACGAUUAAAUUCUCCAGACUUGUCUGCCAGCAGGAACUGAGAAAAGCAGUAGAAAGAUGUCCUUCACCUUCUUUUUCAUUUUCUUGACAAAGCUGUGCGCAUGCACUAGCUUUUUUGGGGUCUUUGUUUUUUUUCCUUUUUUUCUUCCUCUCGCCAGAAUUGGCAGCAGACAGAAUAUUUUCCUGUACAGGAUGUUUGCCCGAGGUUUGCAGGUUAUGUGCUGCUGUAGAUAAGAACUGUGCCAUUGGAAAUUUCAUUACUCUGAAGUGCCAAAUUCACUACACCAUAUAAUCACAGCGGAGACUCUUACUUACAUCAUGUUGUGCUUUUGGUUUUGUACCAUAUGAUCUGUAGAAGAAGAGUUGUUUUUUAAGACUAUCGGUUUUGGUCCAAGAAAAGUUUAUAAACUUUUGUAAGAAUACUGUGAUGAUCUCAUGCCCUAAGUAAGUUUAACCUUCGUACAUGUUACCUGUGAUCUGAUGAACUGAGAUAACUGUGGACUUGCCUUGCAGCAGUAUGAACUGUUUUAUUUUACUCAAAAUUUCAACACAUUUCAUAUGGGAACAGCCUGUUAAACAUGAUCCUACUAAACUCACUGACUAUUCAAAGCAAACAGUAGGUUAAAUGCCAUUUGAUAAGUUACCUGUAUUCAUUUAAAUUUAUGCAAGAAUAUAUCUGGAUUUCAUGGUCAGACUAAUGACUUUAUUGUUGGACUUGAGAUAAUUUUUGGAAAUACUUUCCAAGAUAUUUUUCUUAUAAUUAAAAUCUACUUUUGUUACAUAGACAACUUAAAAAAAAAUCUGAGAUCUGGCAGCAUUCAUAACCUCUUCAUUUUGUACAGUAUUUUAACUGGAUUAAGUACAUGUUUUUAUAAAAUUCCCUAGCACUUGGGUGUGCUAAUAAAGGAAAAGCUUAAUAAGUAUCUUGAAUACAAAACAUUUCUGUCCCUUUUUUUUGUUGUGUGAUGUAUAAAUAUAGAUAACUUUAUGUUUAGGAAAUAUUUAAUCAGUUUUAUAUAUGCAUUUUUAGAAAUGUCAUCUGCUUCUACUAUCAUUUUAACUCUGACUACCACAAAGUGUUAAGUAUUCAAUCUUAGACGCUUGUACAAUGCUUCACAUUUAUAUUUAUUUCAUGGAGGUCUCAUAAUGUUUGUGCACUCAAGAGCAGGAGCGUUUGGAGAAAAUCCAUAACUUUAGAAAAAUCAAUGACAAAAUUGUCACUUGUCUUAAUUAGGACUAAUUUUAGGGUCUGUCAGUGUUUCUGUUGCAAUGCAGUGUGUUUGAAGAGGCAGAAUUGCUACUUUUCAGUAGAAGGCUAAAACUUUUGUGAUGCCCUGUUACAGGACAAAACAUUACUUUUGUUUUUUAUAAGAAACAUAAAGUAAGUGGCAAAGUUAUACAAAUCCACGAGCUUUAGGGUAAAGGAGAGCUUUAGUGACAGAGGCUAGUUCCUGGGGUAAAACCUGCUCUUGGUGCUGUGGGCACACUGACAGCUCCCUGAGCAUUUUCAGGAUUCGUUCUUGGAUAAUUUUUCAUUUUUUUGUAGUUGUGUGAUGCAGUUUCAUAGGUAUGUGGAUAACGGGUCUCACCUGUCUUUUCACUGGUUGCUAGACAUCAUUUCUUAGAAAUAUUUGGAGCCUUUUUAUGCACUGGCAGAUUAACCAGUUAUGCUAGGGCUGAGUGUUAUCAAGAAGGGGAUAAAUAAAUAUUUUUCUACUGAUCUAUGUAGCCCACAACUGGAAGAUGUUCUAGUUGAAACGUAUCUUCCCUAUAGUGAUGGCGUGUGGUAGAGAAAGAAAUGGGAUGUGCCAAUAAAAUGAAGUUUAGUAACAAGCCAUAUAUUUAAUGAUCCCGUUAUGAAUUUCCUAAGGCUCUGCAAUGUAUUUAUUGAUGUGCUAGCAUUUAGCUCCCCGUUGGGCUUAAAUCACUACUAAUUACAGCUGGUCCUAGUUUUUUAGAUAUCCUGUUACUCUUGUCAGCAGUUUCAGAGGCUGAUGUUAAGCUGUCCUGUGAUACAGGAUCUGCCCCAGCGUGAAAUCAGUCUGAGUUUCCGUUGAGCAAAAUGAAACAUUCUUAGUGCUGAACCCUCAAUGAAGCCGCCUGCAUUUACAGGCAAAUAUUUCUAGUAGCAUUUUCACAAUCACAUUUGGUUUCUGAAAUGUGAUAGUAAAUCCUGGCAGCGGAGCAAGUGGAAGGCUCUUUAUUUUUGCUGUAUGUGCAAAAAUGUUUGCUCUCAAAGGGGCACUGAUAUACAUAGGCCAAAGUAGUUGUAAAAUUCAACUCUGUGUGCAAAGAAAGCAGUACUUAAUGCUAUACUCCCUGGGGCUGCAGCUGAACAUGCUACAUUUAACAAUAUACCUCCUGUUUAUUAUUUACUGCUACUGUAUAGCUUCCUCUACACAGAUAUUUUCUUUUUCUUUUUUCAUUAGGAAUAACAUAAAUGUAGCCAUUCCUUAACUACAGCAGUCUGUAGGAAGCCCCUACCAACUAUCGUGAGAAAGCACAAUAGUCAUAGAUAGUCAGAGGUUUGUGCUGUGUGGUCAAAUUUAUUUUCCUUUUACUUUUUUCUUGUGUGAUGCCAUUCUAAUAUUUUGCAUUUGUAAUUCUGGAAUACUGUGAAGUCUGGUGAAGGGGCAUGUUGUCUGCCUUGAAAACAAACAUUAUGUGAUCUCUAGUGAUAAACCCUUUUUCAGUAAAAGUACGAGGUUUCUGGAGUAACUUAGUUUGUCAGAAUUGUUGUAAAUGAUUGGUUUGUGAAUUGUGCAGAUGAUCUUACCUAUGCAGCCUUGUUUUUGACUUUUCUCUGGUUUGUACUGUUAUUAAAAAAUUAUUGUAUUAUAGAGCUGUUCAGAUAUUUUAAAUAUAAAGAUGUAUUGUUUCCAUAAUAUAGCUAUAUGAUAUAUGUUUAGGUAGUAGAUGCAUUAAUUGGAAAGCUCUGCUUUGAUAAACUGAAAAUUUGCCUACACUUAUAAGCAGAAGUCACAUUGCUUAAUAUUGGCUUAAAUCAACAGAGCAUCCCUAAGAAGAGAAUUUAAAAUCGGACCAAUUAUAAACCAGUAUAAAAUUUGCACUUGUUAAACCACUGGAUGUAUGUUAGUACUUUUUUUUAUUUUUUUACUGAUUUGAAAUUCCUAUUUACAUUAUAAAAUUGCUAGGAUCCUUAAUUUAUGACUGAUUUUAAAUAAGGUAUUCUCAUUAUUAUUAUUAUUUUGGUAAUCAUAUUGUAAAAUGCAGCAUGGUUUAUGCAAGCAAAAAGCAAAUUAGUCGGCAUUAAAACUAGUCUCCUUUUUGAGGGUGUUCCACAAACCAGCAAUAUUGUGAGAGAUUGGCAUGUACAUACUGCUAGUUCUACUUGCAAGUGGUGUGACAGCUCUUCAACGCUUCAUUGCUCUGACUUACUCACAUUGCAGAAUUAAAAUUCAUAUGUGGAUAUUUUCAGAAAAAGUGCCUGAUGUACUUCUACAGACACACAAGAACAAUCCCUGACAGUUUGUUGUAUAAAGCCAUAAAUGUAUAUAAAUUGUGUUUUAAAGGUUUUGUGUCCUUUCUUGUAUACAGAGAAUGAGAUUUGUACCAGGAUUCUACUUGUGAUUAGUAAUCCUUCUACUCAGAUGUUGUCGUAAUGACUUUCCUUACUGCGUAAUCUUUUUAAUGAUGAUGAUGAUCUCAUUUGGACAAUCUUGAUGGCAUUACAAAUUUUAUAUGGAAAAAUAGCUCAUGGUACCAAGUCUUGCCUGGCAAAAUGAUACCAUAUUAAUGAGCAAACACUAACUGCAGAAUAGUUAACAAAUUUUCCAUUAUUUGGUAUAAAGGAAUUUCUCGGCAUUGCUUCUGGAAUUGGAACUGUAGCAGGUACAGGAACCUAAUAGGGCUGUAUUACCAGUGUUUUAUCAUGACAUAGUGUGCUAAAAGUAACUUGUUUACAGGUCUUUGAGACUAAACGCAAGGAGAAUCCAUGCCUGACUCUUAGUGCUCCCAAGAGAGCUUUGUGCAGAGAUGCUUUGUUACUGGAAUCUGCAUUAGGCAGCAUCAGACCAUGUUGCCAGUGCUUCAACUAGCCUAGUUCAGAGAAAAUUAUAGAAAAGUCCUGAAAUCCUUUCACAAUGGGUAUUUGUAAGUAUAAGCUGUUAAUAAAAUUGCUAUGACAUGAGAUGGUAAUCAGUGUAUCAGAAUGUUAUGUAAUACAUUGUUAAAGGAGGAAAAAAAAGGGCCACUAACAUCCAUCAAACCGCAGGAAAGAAUUAGUCUUUUAGUCCAAAUUACACGUUAGAUCCUAAUGCUAUUAACUGUGGGAGGGAACCAGCUCUGGAGACACAUUUUUUGUUCUCUCUCUUCCCCCUAUUAAAGCAAGAUGAUUCACAAAGUUCCUCUUGGCCCUCUUUUCCCUCGUUUUCUCCUCUUGC